AUGGGCGGUGGACAUCCAGAUCCCAAGCGUGGAAUAUAUAUUGGAACGUUCGGGGACUUUGGCUGCCCGACUCCGCAGAAAAUAUCUACCUACGCUUUGUCCCCCAACCGACAGCGUCCCUUCGCUGGUGCUUUGUACAACGCCAUUUUCAACACAUGGAGAAGAUCUCGCAAUCAAGCACUUUAUGUCAUUCCCCCCUUUGUCGCGGCAUAUGCCCUAAUGAGCUGGGCUCAAGAGAGGAAUGAAUAUCUAAACUCUAAAGCCGGACGAUUGGCAGAGGGUGGAAGCGAAGAGUAG